ACAGACUCGCGCGCCGCUGUUUUGUCGAUAAACUGAUCAGAAGUCUUCAUUUUUGUGUGUGUGUCUUUGUUGUUUAUCGAUCAUCAGUGCUGACGGGACGCGUGUUUUUGCUCCUCCAUGGCUCCUACCAUACAGACGCAGGCGCAGCGGGAGGACGGACACCGGAGUUCAGCACACAGGACUGUUCCAGAGAGGCUGCUGGAUCCUGCUGAUGAGAAGCUGCUGGAGGAGGAGAUCCAGGCUCCAUCCAGCUCAAAGAGGUCACAGCAGCAUGCGAAGGUGGUGCCGUGGAUGAGGAAGACGGAGUACAUCUCCACUGAGUUCAACAGAUACGGCGUCUCCAACGAGAAGGUGGAAGUCAAGAUCGGUGUGUCCGUCAAGCAGCAGUUCACAGAGGAGGAGAUCUAUAAAGACAGAGACAGUCAGAUCGCUGCCAUUGAGAAGACCUUCGAAGACGCUCAGAAAUCAAUUUCCCAGCAUUACAGCAAACCCAGAGUCACACCGGUGGAGGUGCUGCCCGUCUUCCCUGACUUCAAGAUGUGGAUUAAUCCGUGUGCUCAAGUCAUCUUUGAUUCUGAUCCGGCUCCUAAAGAUGUGUCUGCACCGGCUGGAGUGGACAUGAUGUCACAGGCCAUGAUCAGGUGUUAUGAAUAUAAGAUUGCUCGUGAGUAUAACUGGAACGUGAAGAACAAGGCCAGUAAAGGAUACGAGGAGAACUACUUCUUCAUCUUCAGAGACGCAGAUGGAGUUUAUUAUAAUGAGCUGGAGACCAGGGUGCGUCUGAGCAAGCGGCGGGCGAAGGUUGGCGCUCAGUCAUCCACAAACGCAGUGCUGGUGUGUAAACACAGAGAUAUGAAUGAGAAGGAGCUGGAGGCUCAGGAGGCUCGCAAGGCUCAGCUGGAGAACCACGAGCCGGAGGAUGAAGAGGAGGAGCUGGACCUGGAGAAGGACAUGCAGGAGGACUCGGGCGAGGAGCGCGAGAAGCCCAGCGACUCUGAAAACUCUGAGAGUGAGUCUGAGCGUGAGGAGGAGGAGCGUCCUGCUGAUGAAGAUGAGGAAGAGGAAGAGGAUGAGGAGAGCGUGAAGCGGCGGCGUGAGAGGAAGAGCAGCGGCAGCGAGAGCGGAGACGACCGGCAGGCCCGUGACGAGGAGGAGAUCUUUGGUAGCGAUGACGACAGCGAAGAGGAGGAGGAGGAAGAAGAGGAGGGCGGAGCCAGGAGGCGGAGCAACAGCAGCAGCGUCCAGCAUAGCGCCAGCGAGCGUGCAUCUGACUCCAGUGACGCCAGCGACUCCGACUGAACACAACACCGCUGACACCAGAGCAGUUCUGUGUUGCUCCUGCAGAGGCAUAGUUCACCCACAAAAACACGUUGACCCCUUUAUGAGUUUGUUUCUUCUGUUCAACACAAAUGAAGAUAUUUUGAAGAAUGUCUAUAAACCUGUAACCAUUGAGGGCUUUUCCUACUGUGUAAAUCAGCGGUUACAGAUUUUCAGCUUUCUCCAGAAUAUCUUUAGUGAUGCACAGAAGAAAGAAACUUACACAGGUUUGUGACAAGUGAAUGAGUAAAUAGUGAUGGAAUGUUUGGGUGAACUAUCCCUUUAACUCUCUUAUUUAAAGCGACAGAUCACCAAAAAACACUGACUCACUUAUUUAGUGAUUUAAAAAUGUUUUAGUUCUGUUAAACACAAAAUAAGUGAUUUCAAAGAAUGCUGGAAACCUGUAACCAUUGACUAACAUAGUAUUUGUUUUACCUGCUAUGAAAGUCAAUGGUUGCCGGUUUCAAACAUUCUUCAAAAUAUCUUCUUUUGGGUUCAACAGAAGAAAGAAACUGCUGAAGGUUUGACCCCACAGGAGGGAGAGUGGAUAGUGAGUGAAUGUUAUUUGUGUGUGAACUGCCCCUUCAGUGUUUCAGUGCUGGAUGAGUGUGAGAUCAGAUUUUUUAUUUGCUGUUUGAUCUUCUUGUUUUAUUUGAUUCUGGACGGAGCCUGAGUGAGUGAAAUGCUUAUUCGUGAGCGUCUUCCUGUAGUUGUUUCUCUCAUUACAGUGUAAACAUUGUAAAUAAACUGAUUUUGGUACA